GUGUGAGAGUGAGCUGAAGGCUAGUGGCUGCCAGUUGGCUCUGGAGGAGGACGAGGGCUUCAGUGACUGGACCCAGAGGUUGGAGAAACGCAGACAGCGCCACCAGGAGGAACAGGAGUCCUCGGAGGACCAUCAGCCCCAGCAGCAGCAGAAUCAACCCCAGCAGCAUCAACCCCAGCAGCAUCACCCCCAGCAGCAGCAGAAUCAGCCCCAGCAGCAUCACCCCCAGCAGCAGCAGAAUCAUCCCCAGCAGCAUCACCCCCAGCAGCAGCAGAAUCAGCCCCAGCAGCAUCACCCCCAGCAGCAGCAGCAGCCCCAGCUGCUCCCGCUAAACAGAGCCUCCCCAAUCAGGCCCUGCUUGAAGACACGUCCUGGACCUGGGCCUGAGGAGAGGGAGGAGAAGGAGGUAGAGUGGGAACGAAGAGCCAGCAACAAGACACAAGACACUUCAAGAAGAGUAACAGAUGACAAGGUCGUGGAGAAGAAGAAAUCUGAGCUGAAGAUCUCCUACACCUCUAAGGUCAUGAGACACGUCAACAGCAACGGGGAAGCAGCUGGAGCGGAAGUGACCUCAUACCUGGUUGCAGGGAAACUGUCUCCAAGGUAACACACCUGAAAUAGU